AAAUUAGAAAAUUAAUUAAAUUUAAUAUUAUAUAAGCUAUUCCGAGAUAUCGGAAGAAUCUUAAGAAAUAUAGUCUUAAUAUCCUACAACAAAUAAAUAUCUAUGUUUUGAAAGAAACUAUCGUAUCAACGAGGUAACGGAGAAACUGAUAAUCCAGAAUCUUCCGAGUUAUCUCUGAGAUAAUAAAUUUUCACGCGAACGAGUUAAAUUCAUAACUCUUGAGAAUUCAUCUAUUAUCAAAAGAAACUCUUUUAUUGUAAAUUUACGAACCUGUCAAGUUCUGAUAACGUAUGAUAAAAAACACUGAUAACACAUAAUAAAUUUAAACGUGACGAGGAAUACACGUGAGAAUACGCCUAGUUCAUUUCGUAUUGCUGUAGAAGGUGAACAUACCAAGUACAUUUCCUUCGAAACGAAGGAGCGAGGCAAAACGAAAAUAGAUUUUUUAAACAAUAGUCCUAUUGACCGAAAUGAUUCUUGCGAAACGCGAAAAGUGCGUAUAUUAGAGCUAAUAAGUUUGUGCCGUUUCUGUCAGCAUAGCUUACAUUAUAUAAUCGCGUCAGGUGGUUCAAUCAUACAAACGAUGACCUUGAGGAUUUCUUACCGGUGGACCGUCAGCUUGGCUGUUUCGAGGAAACGAAACCGGAGAUGAUGCCGAAGAGGAGCUGACAUUAGUUGUCGCAUUUGGUUAUCCCAUUUUGACGAGAGGACGAAACUCUCUUGGGGGAUGUCACAACCUUUUUAUCGGCGAAAGUGCAAGCGUAGCACUUGGAGUUGAGGAGAAAUAAGAAAGAUAGUAACCACGUGAGACACGAUUCACAUGCUCGAUAAAAGAUGACUGUCUCUUACACUGCCGAGGUAGCCACUUGCAGGGGCCUCGGUUGCUUCCUCAAGUUAUUACUCAGAUGGCGAGCGAGCAUUUACAAACUUGUCUGGCUCGAUCUGACACUCUUCCUCUUCAUCUACUACUCCCUCUCCGGUAUUUACCGAUUAUUAUUGAACGAGGAGCAAAAGAAGAUAUUUGAAUCUGUGGUAUCAUAUUGCAACGAGUACAGUGACCUGAUUCCACUGUCAUUCGUCCUAGGUUUCUAUGUCAGUAUCGUCAUGACCAGAUGGUGGAAUCAAUACAUGACGAUACCAUGGCCCGAUUCCAUCGCAGUCUUCGUAUCAGCCACUAUACAUGGGAACGACGAACGCGGCCGUCUAAUGCGUCGAACGAUCGUUAGGUACGUGUGCGUUUGUCUGACUAUAGUCCUAACAAACGUCGCGCCGCGUGUAAAAAAGAGAUUUCCUACUCUAGAGCAUCUCGUGGAGAGCGGCUUGUUGCUGGACAACGAAUUAGCGAUAUUUCAAAGCCUAAAUGCGAAAUUCCCGAAGCCAAGUAAACAUUGGCUGCCGAUAGUUUGGGCUUCCAGUAUCGUGACUCGAGCCCGACAGGAAGGUCGAAUACGUGACGAUUUCGCGGUGAAAACUCUAAUUGAUGAACUUAAUAGGUUCCGCGGGAUGUGCGGCAGUAUAUCGCACUACGACACAAUCAGCGUACCGUUAGUGUAUACUCAGGUUGUAACAUUAGCCGUUUAUACAUACUUUUUGACUACCGUGAUGGGUCGUCAGUGGGUUCAAAAGUCAGACUCGACCAUAGAUCUGUACUUCCCAGUAUUCGCAACAUUGCAAUUUUUUUUCUAUAUGGGCUGGUUGAAAGUAGCCGAAACGUUAAUCAAUCCAUUCGGCGAGGACGACGAUGACUUUGAAGUAAACUGGUUAAUUGAUCGCAAUUUGCAAGUAAGCUAUCUAAUUGUCGACGAGAUGCAUCACGAACAUCCUGAACUCAUACGUGAUCAGUAUUGGGAUGAAAUAUUCCCCGCGGAACUCCCGUAUACCGCCGCAGCACAACUCUACCGCGAGGAACCUCCUGAACCUUCAACAGCCGGCAUACAAUUGUCCGCCGCACAACAAGAAUUGCAACCAUCGUCGAUUAAAAUUGACGAAAUGAUGCCGACGGAUGAUCAGAAAUUCCGCUCCGACAUCGCCGACGAUGCUGCAUCAGGAAUACAUUUUAUUGCAGGAAAGCUGUCCCGAAGCAAUACAGAUAGCACCGAGAGAUUAAUAAGAAGCACCAGUAGAGUGAGCAAUCGAGAUCGCAAUAUCAGUGGCGGUUCGACUCCUAGCAAUUUGGGUGAAUCCCUCACGAGGGUAGCCAGCGUCACUAAUGCACUUAAGCGAUUGUUUAGCAAGGAUGACAGGCCGGACGGAGGUAGCACGAGUGCCGUUAAAACCACGGGAAAGAUGCCGAGCAUGGGUUCAACGGCUUCGUUGCAGCCACGACCACCUGGUGCAAGUGGCUCCAUGAGAAUAGGCGUCAUUGAGGAAGUGGACGAGCAGAUGACAUUGACAUCGUUAAGGCAAUCGAACGAAAGCAGGCCUCACGUACAAAAUAUAUUUGCGCAAGGUCCGCCACCGCCGAGUGAUCCUGUCGACGUUCCUGGUGUCGCACAAUCUUACAGUCGUGAGAUAUUCUCCAGGAGUGCACCCGCACAUGCAGGAGCUUUAACGAUAGUUGGCAGUGCAGAAUCCACGGGCGAAAGGCGGAGCAUUUUAAGGACACAAGAAUCCGCACCAUCAAUGAGGUCGAGUACCACUUAUGAACCAGCACCUAGUUACACCGGUAGUGGGUUAAACGACGACAUACCCAGCAUGUCAAGCACCUCCUCUUGUAGUGACAAUGGCACAAGCGAAUUUACGAAAUUAAAAACCGAGAGGAAGGAGCGAAGGCGUAACUGGAAACUCACUCGAAGUGCCAGUGGUCUAAACGAAAAUGAAUCUAGAAGCCCUCCUGAUUCGGAAACUCUUCUGCUGACGGAAUUAGCGGACGCGUCGCGACGAAGUAUGAAAGAACGCGAUGAAAACGAUGAAAUUUAGAAAGAAUACGUCGGUUUUCGACGUUAAUUCGUCUAAUAGGUCUGAAUAACAUUCGAUCGUAAGAAAAUAACGUGACAAUACAUCA